GAGUUGUGGGAGGAGUAUUAGACAUUAGAGUGACUGGAGAGAUAAAGAAAGAGCUCCACAGCCUGAAACAAGUGGAGUAAAACAGAUAGAUUUGUCUCGUAGGUGGAGUCAGUGUAGAUGAGGGUAGGAUGAGAAAACACAGCUUUGAACAUGUGCAGAGAAGUGUGAGGAGUGAGCCUCAGAGCUACACUGGGACCGAGAAAGAGUCAGAAGAGUGUUGGUUUUUACCGAAGAGACACUACAGAGACUGUGGCAAAAAGGAAGUGAGAUAACAAGCUGGGGAAAUGACAGUGUAAAUUAUUUUGCAGGGAGGACUAAAAACAGAAAAUGAAUGGUGAUGGCAGUAAACAGCGUUAUGUGUCCACCCUCAGGAUGCACAUCAAGCCACCCUGUGCAUUGUCUGCACCGGGAAAGGAACCACAAUCAGAGACCAAGACCUCACAGAAAUCCUCUGACACAGGGCCUCAUAAACUCUCCUCCAGUGAAAGUUUGGAUCCACCUGUUUUCAUAGAGCCCCUGCAGGACUGCUGUGUGGAUGAAGGAAGUGAUAUCACCCUGCGUGGGGUUAUCUCUGGAAGUCAGCCAAUCAAAGUGUCCUGGCUGCACAAUGGUGAAGUGGCCCGUUUUGGGAAGUCCUCUUUUGAUGGCAAGAAGAUGAGUUUUGUGGUGACGGAGUGCUUACCUGAAGAUGCCGGUGCCUACACAUGCCUUGCAGACAACAGUGCAGGAAAGACAUCCUGCUGCGCUGCUGUGUUUGUCAGAGACUUUGAAACUAUCUACGGUGCACAAAAUCGUGUCUCAAAGACCACAACUUCUGCAUCUGGGAGCGUAACACAGAAUGGACGGUCACCAGAGUCCUCAAAAGACAGGCUACAGAAAUCCAGAGGAUCCACUUGUACUUCUCCUGAUAAGUUAAGCCCUGCUUCAAGUCCAAGAGAAGUCAUCCCGAAGAAGAGGGCAAACUCAGGGGCAGGAACAGUCUUACACUUUGAAAACCCUCCACAGCACGUCAACGUAGAGGUGGGACAACCUGUCCACGUGUCGUGUUUUUUCAGCAGCAGCCCUCCUGUUGUGUCGUGUUGGAUCAAAAACAAAAAACAGGUGGUGGAUGGGCCAGAGCUGUGGGUAGAAAACACAGAUCAGAGCAGCACACUUGUGAUAGCAAAGGCGAAACCACAGCACACGGGUCGCUACACUGUGGUAGUGAAGGACCGUAGAAGCUCAGCGCAACACACACUCACCCUUUCUGUCAUAGAGAGGCCUCAGCCUCCUGCUUCCUGCCCUGUGAUCUGCCUCCUCUCUGCCACCAGCCUUGUGCUCUCUUGGUCGGGCCCUUGCUACGAUGGCGGCAGUGCUGUCCUGGGUUAUGUAGUUGAGGUUAAAAGCCAAGGAAGUGCUGACCCCGGGGUCUGGAGAGAGCUCACUGCUCAGUGUAAGAGUACAUCAUACAGAGUGUGCUCUGGGCUGCAGCCUCAACAGGACUACUGUUUCAGGGUGAGGGCCUACAACACAGUGGGAGUAAGCGAGCCUGGACCAGAGUCACCAGUGGUUAGGAUGGAGCAGAAAGAUUUAGACAAACCACAGGAAGAGCAGCCCCCUCAAGCAUAUUCCUGUGUCACUAUUGACUCUUCACACAAAGUGACAGAUCACUACAAUUUGCUUGAGAAACUGGGAAUGGGAAAGUUUGGCCUGGUGUUCAAGCUCACCCACAAAGAAACUGGACGCAUCUGCGCAGGGAAGUUCUACAAAGGCCGCCGUGCCAAGGAAAGGGAGGCCGCUCGUAAAGAGAUUGAGCUGAUGAACUACCUCCACCACCCCAAACUGGUUCAGUGCCUCGCUGCGUACGACCACAAGCCUGAAAUGGUCAUGGUCAUGGAGUUUAUUGCAGGAGGAGAACUCUUUGAGCGCAUCGUGGAUGACAACUUUGAGCACACAGAGCCGGCCAGCGUGCACUACAUGCAGCAGAUCCUGGAGGGCAUCGCCUACAUGCACCAGCAAAACAUCGUUCAUCUGGACCUGAAGCCUGAAAACAUUGUGUGUGUUGACACUACUGGCACCUCAAUCAAGAUCAUUGACUUUGGAUUAGCCAGCAGGAUUGAUGGAAACACGCCUCUUAAGGUGAUGCAUGGGACUCCGGAGUUUGUGGCCCCUGAAGUGAUAAGCUAUGAGCCUGUUGGUCUGGCCACUGAUAUGUGGAGCAUCGGGGUCAUCUGCUACAUACUACUGAGUGGUGAGUCUCCAUUCCAGGGAAACAGUGACACAGAGACCCUGGCCCUGGUCACAGCUGCUCAGUGGGAGUUUGACGAGGAGAGCUUUGAAGAGAUUACAGACGAAGCCAAAGACUUCAUCAGCUCCUUGCUCAACAAGGACCCAAGGCGGAGGCUGACCUGUAAAGAGUCUCUUGACCACCCUUGGAUGGCAGCAUUUGACUCUGGAGAUCACACCACCACCAAGAAUCUGUCCAAAGAGAAGAUGAAGAGGUUUCUAGCCAGGCAGAAGUGGAAGAAAGCAGGAAAGGCCUUGCUAGCACUGAAGAGAAUGGCUCUGCUGUCAAAGAGUGAAAGCUCUGGAUCCCCAACCAGUCCUGGAGAAGACUCACCUUUGAGCCCGGAGGCAGAACACGCCCUGCAGUCCCUUGAGCGCCAGAUGCAGGGCCCACCCAAGUUCACACAGAGCCCAGAGGACCAGACAGUAACUCAGGGAUCCGGUGCCAAACUCUCAUGUCACCUUACAGGGUACCCUGAUCCAGAGGUGUUGUGGCUGUGUGGGGAAGAGCCUUUGGUGGAGUCGCCAACAGUGCAGAUAGACUACGAUGAAGAUGGCCGCUGCACUCUGAUUCUAGCUAAUGUUGGCCCAGAAGAUGCAAAUGUUUACACCUGUAGAGCCACAAAUGACCAUGGGGAGGCAUCAAGCUCAGCCAAACUCACAGUUAAAGAAUGAUUCACAUAAAACAUACUAAUAUAAUACUCUCAAAUGCCUGAACAGAUGGGCUGUACAUGUGUGGUUUAAUUCAAAUAUGAACCUAACUAUACAUCCUGUAGUGUGACUGGAAAUAUAUAAACAUGUAAUAUUGUACAAAAUGUGUGAACAGAUUAAUAUUAUUACAGAUUAAAGCAGAUAUUUCUUCAUGAAA